UGGGUGUUUUUGUCGGCUGGCGAGAUGACUCAGGCGGAAAUAAAGCUGUGUUCCCUCCUGCUGCAAGAACAUUUUGGGGAGAUCGUGGAGAAGAUAGGGACUUACCUCAUCAGGACGGGCACCCAGCCGCUUCGGAUGAUCGUCAAUGACACGGGGCUGGUGCUGGAUCAGGUUAAGAAGGCCCUUUGCGUCCUCAUCCAACACAACCUGGUGACAUACCAGCUGCAGAAGCGAGGUUUCGUGGAGUACGAGGCCCAGUGCAAGCGGGUCCUGAGGAUCCUCCGCUACCCACGUUACAUCUACACCGCCAAGACCCUCUACAGCGACACGGGGGAGCUCAUCGUGGAAGAGCUGCUCCUCAACGGCAAGAUGACGAUGAGCGCGGUGGUGAGGAAGGUGGCGGACAGGCUGACGGAAACGAUGGAAGACGGGAAGACCAUGGAUUACGCCGACGUCUCCAACACCUUUGUGCGCCUGGCGGACACCCACUUUGUGCAGAGGUGCCCACUGGUCCCCGAAACUCCCGAGAGCCCCGAGGCGCCGCCGCCCCCCGCCCCCACGUUGGUGAUCGAUGAGAAGGACAUGUACGUCGUGCCCAGGCUGAACCUCGUAGGGAAAGGGAAGCGAAGGCGAUCGUGCGACGAGGAAGAGAAUGGUGAACGCAAGGCUAAAAAGCAGAAGCAAGAUGGAGAAAGCUCGGAGGUAUGGCGGACGCUGAAGCAGCGUGGCUCUCGGCUCUGCGGGGCUGCACAUCGGAGCCGGGGCUGCGGCUGGGAAAGUGCUGCCACGGGAGGAGCUCGGGAUGGAGGCUCUCCCCCACCAAGGGCAGUUUCCUUCCCUCCCCAAAACCAGACCAGCAGCGAAAUAGUGCGGACGAUGCUGCGGAUGAGCGAAGUCACCACGUCCUCCAGCGCGCCCUACACCCAGCCGCUCUCUUCCAACGAGAUAUUCAGGUCUCUCCCCGCCGGAUACAACAUCGUGAAGCAGGUUCUGGACCAAUCAUCGACGCUAAACGCCGCUCGACGGCGGCUCCUCACUGAGCUCCCCGCGCCCCCGCUCGCUCUCGAGUUUGUGGGUAAAUCAGGGGACAGCGGCGGGGGCAUGUACACCGUCAAUCUGCACAAGGCCCUGGCGUCCCUGGCCACGGCAACCCUGGAGUCCAUCGUGGAGGAGAGGUUCGGUUCCCGCUGUGCCAGGAUUUUCCGCUUGCUCCUGCGGAAGAAGCAUCUGGAGCAGAAGCAAGUGGAGGACUUUGCCAUGAUCCCGGCCAAGGAAGCCAAGGACAUGCUCUACAAAAUGCUCUCAGAGAACUUCGUGUCCCUGCAGGAGAUUCCCAAGACCCCUGACCACGCGCCAUCCCGCACCUUCUACCUCUACACCGUGAACGUCCUCUCCUCCGCGCGGAUGCUGCUGCACAGGUGCUACAAGAGCGUGGCCAACCUGAUGGAACGGCGCCAGUACGAGACCAAGGAGAACAAGUGAGCGCUGG